AUGGACAAGAAAGUCGUAGGUUUGCUCGGAGGUGGCCAGCUGGGCCGCAUGUUCGUCGAGGCUGCAAACCGCCUGAACAUCCAAGUCAACAUUUUGGACGCAGCAAAGUCACCCGCAAAGCAAAUCAGCAGCCAUGAGGGCCACUUCGAAGGCUCAUUCAAGGACCCGGAAGCCAUUGAAAAACUAUCAAAAACUUGCGAUGUUGUCACUGUGGAAAUCGAGCACGUAGACACUCAGAUUCUGGAAAAGAUCUCAUCUCAAGUCGCCGUGGAGCCCAGCUGGAAGACCAUUCGCAUGAUCCAGGACAAGUACGCGCAAAAGGAGCAUCUUCAGGAGCGCAAUGUCGCUACUGCUCAUUCAAUUCCUUUGGCUGGAGCUACCAAGGAGGACUUGCAGAAGGUUGGCGAGCAGAUUGGCUUCCCUUUCAUGCUCAAGUCACGCACAGAGGCAUACGAUGGACGUGGAAACUUCCCAGUCAAAUCAUCCGCCGACUUUGACGCUGCCCUGAAGGCUCUUGGAAGCCGUCCCUUGUACGCUGAGAAGUGGGCCAACUUCAAGGCCGAAUUGGCAGUCAUGGUUGUCAAGACCAAGGAUGGUGUUUUGGCUUACCCUACUGUCGAGACUAUCCACGAGGACAGCAUCUGUAAGCUCGUGUAUGCACCCGCUCGCAACGUCUCCAAGAAGGUGCUUGAACAAGCCCAGGAGCUGGCCAAGAAGGCUGUUGCUUGCUUCUGGGGCAAGGGUGUGUUUGGUGUUGAGAUGUUCUUGCUCGACGACGACAGUCUCUUGAUCAACGAGAUUGCUCCCAGACCUCACAACUCUGGCCACUACACUAUCGAAGCAUGCCCCGUCUCGCAGUACGAUGCUCAUCUUCGUUCCAUCUUGGAUAUCCCCAUCCAGCAACACGAGUUGCGUAUCAGAGAGCCCUCAAUCAUGCUCAACAUCCUUGGUGCUUCUACACCCGACUCUGCCGUUCAGAUUGCCGAGCGCUCCAUCGCUGCUGGCGUUGGUGCUUCGAUUCACCUGUACGGCAAGGGCGACGCUCGCCCUGGCAGAAAGAUGGGCCACAUGACUCUCACAGCACCCAGCAUGCGCGAAGCCGAGAAAGCUAUGCAACCCCUUCUGGACAUCACCGACGAUAUCCGCGGCAAGAAGAGCGCACCUGCUUCUGCCUCUUCGGCCGCCAGUGGUGCCGGUCAAGCCCAGAAUGCCAUGGUAGGCGUCAUCAUGGGCUCUCACAGCGACAUGCCCGUCCUCCAAGCCGGCAUUGCCAUCCUCAAGAAACUCAACAUUCCCUUCGAAACCCACAUUACCUCUGCCCACCGUACCCCUGACUGGAUGGGUGAAUACGUGCACUCUGCCCUCNCCCGUGGCAUCCAAGUCCUUAUUGCUGCUGCAGGCGGUGCAGCACAUUUGCCUGGUAUGGCUGCCUCGCACACCGCCAUCCCUGUCAUUGGUGUCCCUGUCAAGCCCACCAUUGGUGAUGGCACCGACAGCGUACUCAGCAUUCUCAACAUGCCUCGUGGCGUUCCUGUUGCCACUGUGGGCACCAACAACAGUACCAAUGCUGCUUUGUUGGCUGCGAGAAUUAUUGGCUUGAAGGAGGCCAGCAUUCAAAAGGCCCUGGUCGAGUAUGCUGAGAACUCCACUGCUGAGGUCAUGGAGCGUGAGCGUGCUAUGAACGAGCAGGGUUGGGAUGCUGUCUAUGAGCAGUGGCACGGUGCUAAGAAGUAA